UUUGGGUUUUGGCUUCUAAUUCUUGUAAAUUCAUAACCUGUAUCAUUCUAAAGCUCUCUAGCAUUUCCCAAUCAAAAGUCACCUUCGCCACCAAACCCCUUCCCUUCAUCCUCCUUCCUCUGCUCAAUACCAGAUCCAAUCUAUCCUCUCCCCCUUUUCCCAUCUCCAAUUUCGACUCUUUAUCGCCCUAAUUUCCGGAUACACCACCUCUCGGAAACCCUAAUUGUGUACUAAACCCACAAUUCGAUAAUACCCAGUUUAAUUCUCCUUUCAAGAAAUCUCAGAUUAUCAAAAUCUAUACUACCCAUUUGCCUUUUGUUGAUGGGCACAAUCAGAGCUAGCACCGGAGACCUUACCGCUUCCACCUCUCGCACUGAGACAAUAAAUGGAUCUCACGAGUUCAAAAUCGGCGGCUACUCUCUAUCGAAGGGCAUCGGAAUUGGAAAGUACACAGCAUCGGAUACGUUCAUAGUUGGUGGGUACGCGUGGGCAAUCUACUUUUAUCCUGAUGGAAAGAGCCCUGAAGAUAACGCUGCCUAUGUGUCCUUAUUUAUAGCCCUCGCAAGCGAAGGCACUGACGUGAGGGCAUUGUUUGAGCUCUCGCUGAUGGAUCAGAGUGGAAAAGAAAACCAUAAGGUUCAUAGCCAUUUCGGGAGAGCUCUUGAGAGUGGGCCUUACACACUGAAAUAUCGCGGCAGUAUGUGGGGCUAUAAACGAUUUUUCAAAAGAACUCAACUAGAGACAUCAGAUUAUCUCAAAGAUGAUACCUUGGUAAUUCGCUGUUGUGUUGGUGUAGUUAAAUCCCAGACUGAGGGACCAAAGACCUAUGCCAUUGCAGUGCCACCCUCUGAUAUCGGUCAUCAUUUUGGAAGGAUUUUAGAAAGUGGAAGGGGAACUGAUGUAAAUUUUGAAGUUGAUGGAGAAGUAUAUGCUGCUCACAAGGUGGUUCUUGCAGCACGCUCGCCUGUGUUCAGGGCACAACUUUUUGGUCCAAUGAAGGAUCAAAACACUCGAUGCAUAAAAGUUGAAGACAUGGAAGCGCCUGUUUUUAAGGCAUUGCUCCAUUUUAUUUACUGGGAUGCCCUGCCAGAUGUGGAAGAACUUGUUGGCCUGAACUCUAAGUGGGCUUCUACCCUGAUGGCUCAGCAUCUGCUUGCAGCAGCAGACCGUUAUGCACUUGAGAGGCUCAGAUUGCUCUGUGAGGCUAAACUGUGUGAAGAUAUUGCUAUAAACACUGUUGCAACAACACUUGCCUUGGCAGAGCAGCAUCAGUGUCUCCAACUAAAAGCUGUCUGUCUCAAAUUUAUUGCACUGCCUGAAAAUUUGAAAGCUGUGAUGCAGACGGAUGGAUUUGAAUAUUUAAAGGAAAGUUGUCCUUCUGUCAUCACAGAACUUCUACAAUAUGUGGCUAGAAUUGGUGAGCGUUCUGCCAUCUGUUGUGGCCAUGAAAUUGAAAGCUUGGAUGGUGAUGUGAAUGGAAGGCGGGUGAAGCAAAGGUUACAUUGAUUUAGGAAUAACAUAUAGCUCACCAUUUGGACAAAACUGAAGCUUGUUAGGCUUAGAAAUUUUUGAGAUUGUACUAACAGUUGACUAUUUAAUAGAAAUUCAGUGGUAGCGGCUAUUCAGAAUC